AUGGUGCCGCCGAAGCCGAGCCACAAGCCGGUAAACGCAUACAGGAUGACUGCCACACUCAAAAACUUCGCCUACAAGCUGUCCUCGACCUUGUCGUCGUCUAGGAUACCGAUAUUGAAGACGAAUGGCGAGUUCGCUAAGGCUCAAAAUACGGAGGAUCUAUUCCCCACCACCGACCCCACGAUAGAUGGUGACGACUGCUUACACGAUUGCGCAACCUGCACGAUCAAAUACCCGCGCAAGUUCGAAAUCGACGAAACAGAAGAGCUAUACGGUCAUGUGAAAGGAUGGCAGACGCACCUGAUCGUCGCAACUGGAAAAACAGAUUGGGUGCGAGAUGUUGCAGACGAGAAGGGGAGUAUCAUGGAGGCGGUUGACAGAGGGGAUGUGAAGCCCAGCAAUGGGAAACUCAUGCUCUCGGCCUCCGACAUGCCCAUACCCGAUCAUUCAGACACCAGCUCCAGGGUAUUGCUGCUACCUUCAUGGCAGUUCGUCGACAACGUAACGCCUACCAACGUACCUGACCUCAUCACUGGCUACGUGAACCGAAGUCCAACGAACGAUUCGCCGCUACAUCGCAAGCCCGUAACAUCCUCACAACCUUCGACAGCACCGUCUGAAGGCUCGUCCUCCACGGAUCUUGCCUCCACGGCUGCAGAUACCAGUAUACCACCCACCAUAUCGACGAUUGCGAACCUGAAGGCGCGACCAUGUCCUCACAAGUACUUGAUCCUGUUAUGUAGUCAGAAGACUCGUGAUGCCCGCUGUGGGCAAUCUGCGCCGCUCCUGCGCCGCGAGUUCGAGAGGCAUCUACGACCCCUAGGUCUGUACCGUGAUCUGCAUGAUGAGCGACCUGGUGGAGUUGGAAUAUACUUCAUAAGCCAUGUUGGUGGACACAAGUUUUCAGCAAAUGUGAUGGUCUACCGUCACUCCUCGACAGUAGAGCAUCCAAAUGAAGCCAACGGACACGCCAACGGUGUACAAGAGGCGCUGCAAGAGCUCAAGAUCGAGGCAGACAAAGACCACGAGGUGGUACUGGACGCAAAUGAGGAGCAAAGAGCUGAGAGCGACGGCGAGGCUGCGCAAUGUAUAUGGCUGGCUCGCGUUCGACCAGAAGAUUGCGAGAACAUCAUCCGAUACACAAUCUUGCAGGGCAAAGUUGUUAAGCCCGAGAGGCAGCUAAGAGGUGGGUUCGAUCGUUCGAAGCAAUUAGCGAGCUGGUAG